AUGGGCUCGCCUCCAGUCGGAAAACCCUAACCUGAGCACCUACCCCGCUGCCGCCGCCGCUGCCGCCGACGGGUCGCCUCCUGCUCCGCGGUGAAUACAUUGCUGAAGAUGGGGAAAGGGGGGAAGGAGAAGGAGAAGAAGUCGCUGGACAUCCUCGCGGGGUCCGACGAGGACUCCGACAGCGGCGGCGAGGACCUCUCGAAGAUCCAGAUCAACGAGGAGUACGCUCGCCGCUUCGAGCACAACAAGCGGCGGGAGGCACUGCAGCGCUACGAGGAGCUCAAGAAGAAGGGCCUCGCCCCCGCGUCUGAUGACGAAAGCGACGACAACGAGGAGUCGUCCGAAGAGGAGGAGGACGAGGACGCCAUCGCCUCGCGCCGCGUCGACCGACGCGUGUUCGAGGUGAUCCGCCGCAUCCGCAGCGGCGACCCCCGCAUCCUCGACAAAGACGCCAAGGUUUACUCCUCGGAGGAGGAGGGCAAAGAGGAGAAGAAAGAAGAGCCCAAGCAGAAAAAGAAGGCUAAGAAGGAGAAGCCUCUAUACCUCAAGGACGUCAACGCCCGACACCUGCUCGAGGAGGGCCCUGAGUUCACAGCUCAGACCAGCCGGAGUAGCAGGUACGAUAGGAUCGCCUACGAUGAGCAGCAGAAGAAGGGUCUGCAGGCUUUCCUUGAGGCAGAGAAGGAGGUUUUAGGUGAUGACGACGACGACGAUGAUUUGUUCCAUGAGAAGCCGAAGGCUGGAGCAGGCGCCGAUGACGAGGAGGAUGAAGAGGAAAAUGAGACGAAGGAGCUAGCUGGUGAGGUUUUUGGGAAGGAUGAGGAGCUGGACGAGAACGAGAGGUUCUUGAAGGAAUUUUUCCUUAAGAGGCCAUACCUCGAGUCAGGGAAGGAGAAGAAGUCCUAUCUGGAUGAUAUGCAGGAAUUGUCGGACGUAGAAGAGAUCAAUGAACAGGAAAUAUACGAGCAUGUUUACAAUUUCCGGCAUGAGGAGGCUGAAGCAUCAGGGGCAGUGGUGGCAGACCGGGUAAUGGGGCAUUCAAGGGUUGUUGAAGGGUCUGUGAGGAAGAAGGAGAGCAGCAGGAAGCAGCAGCGGAAGAGCAAGGAGGAGAGGAUAGCCCGAGCUAAGCAAGAGCAAGCUGAGGAGUUGAAGCAUCUCAAGAAUCUGAAGAAGAAAGAGAUUGCAGAGAAGCUUGAGAGGAUCCGGAUGAUUGCCGGGAUUGAAGGCGAUGCUGCAUGUAAGCUUGGUGCUGAUGACCUGGAGGAGGAUUUUGAUCCAGAGGAUUAUGACAAGAAAAUGCAAGAGAUGUUUGAUGACUGUUAUUAUGAGGCUGAUGAUGUUGAUCCUGAGUUUGGAAGUGACGAGGAGAUGGAUUUGGAGAAGCCAGAUUUUGACAAGGAGGAUGAAUUACUUGGGCUUCCUAAAGGCUGGGCUAGUGAAAAAGAUAAAGAAGAGUCUAGUGCCACAGAUGGGAAAGCUACAAAAGGGAAGAUCUCUCUCAAGGACAAGGUCGAGCUUGAGAAAGAGAUGGAAGAGUACUACAAGUUGGACUAUGAGGACACUAUUGGAGAUCUGAAGACUCGAUUCAAGUAUAAGAAGGUUAAUCCUAACAGUUUUGGUCUGAGUACCUACGACAUAUUGGCAUCUGAUGACAUGGAUCUGAACCAGUAUGUUUCCAUGAAGAAGCUAGCUCCUUACAGGGAGAGUGAAUGGAAGGUAACACAUCAUAAGAAGUUGAGCAAGGACUUGAUCCUUGGAGGCCAGAAGAAAGAAGGGAAGAAGGACAAAUCUGGCAAGAAAUCUAAGUCUGCUGAAGGUGGCUCUAGUUCUUCAAAACCAGAGAAAGACAAGCUGCCAAUUGAACAAGAGUCAACUGAUGACAAGAAAAAGUCUACCAGAAGCAGCAGAAGGAAGCGCCGUAAUGAGGAUCUGAAGAUACCCAGUGGUCGUCUAGAGGCAUAUGGAAAGAUAAAUUCAAAGCGUCACAAGAGCCAUUGAGCUUUGGAGAUUCAUCAAAGUACAUCUAGGGAAUUUUGCUUUUCUUUUUAUGCAUUUUGGAAGGGCUGAAAUCUUAUUUGAGAGGCUUUGCUUCUUCUUUGGGAGUUGCAAACCAGUGUCGUCCUAGUAGAAUUAUUUCUCUGAAUUUUGCAGACAGUGUUGUGCACCUCCUUUUGUGAACCAUAUAGUUUAAUUGCCUUGAAGUUUGCUGCAACUACAUUUUGUGUUACC